UAAGUUUAACAUUUUGAGUUAAGUAAUAUUCAUAUAUAUUAUAUUAAGUACUUAAUUGGAAGCUCCUUUAGCUGUUCCUCUCCCCAAAAAUUUGAAAGGAAUAUAUGAUAAAAUCAUUUAUGUGCAACAAAUAUAAAUAUAAAUUGGUACAAAGGCUUGUGAAUGGGAAUACAGUAUUUAUAGAAUGAUCAAUAUAACAAAGAUGGGCCUAAUUUCAUAAGUUUAACAUUUUGAGUUUAGUAAUAUUUUUAUAUAUUAGGGAUAAUUACACAUUACCCACCUGUGGUUUACCUCUAAUUCUAAGUGCCUACCCGUGGUUUGAAUUUUGACACUUUGCCCACCUGUGAUUAUCUCCGUCUAUGUGCCGUAACCCACCUCUCCGCUUUCCGUUACUCUAACACAGAAUAAGUAAAAAACAAACCCCAAAACGGAUCAAAACACUCUCACUCAAAUCUUGAACAUGAAGAACAUGAUGAACAUACCCAAAUUUUGAAACUUGAGUUGGCUCACUAAACCCAAAACAUGAAGAUUAACUAAAAACUAAACCCAGAUUUUUCUGUUUUUCAUGUUCAAACUGAUUGUACCCAAACUAAACCCACAAUCAUGUUCUGGGUUUAGUGAGUCUGAAGAAAAGUAGAAGAAAAUACCCAAAAACUAAACCCAUGACAGAAAACCCAGUUGACCAAACCCCAUAAAAACAUAAGAAGAUAACAAAUUUACAGCAAUCAAACACGAAGCACAAAUACCCAUAUGGUGAAAACAUCUAAAUCAUCAGUAAUAAAACAUCUAAAUCAUCCAAAAUAACCAACAAAGCUAUAAACUUCACAAUCAAAGCCACCUUGUGCGUCGAAUCACAACUAGCACACCCCAACGACUAUUUGGCUUGUUUCCCGUGGCCAUGAGUGACUCCAAAUCCAAUCAAUCAUUCAUCACCUUCACCGGCCACUCCCUGAACUUCUUCCCGAUCCGAACCCAAGAACAGAACUCCAUCCAAUUCCCGCAACCAAACAUGUCAUCUUCAUUCGGAUUCAGCAGCGACGAAACCGCACCCUUCUUCAGGUUCCUGGGAGCGGCGUGGGUCAAUUGCUUGGAGUUCGGCGUGGGUUUCAUUACCUGUCGUCGACCAAUCAGUUCUGUUCUUCGUGGGUCUGAGUAUGUAAAAUUUUUGCUUCGUGGGUCUAAGUUUGUUCUUUGUGGGUCUGAGUUUGUGAAAUUUUUUCGUUCAUCGUGGGUCUGGGUUUGUGAAAUUUGUUCUUGGUGGUUCAGCAGUUGUGGUGGCUAUGGCAGUGGGUUAUGGUGGCUGGUGGCAGGGGCUGGGCUUCUACCCCUGAUGCUCGCUGCGCCACAUUUUUUUUACUUAGAAUCUUAUCUGGUAUUUUUGGAACUACUGAAACUGCUCAAAGUCAAAUCUCUAUUGGAAUGGGAAUGGUAGCUGGGUCAACUGUUUUACUUCUUACAAUAAUAUGGGGAUCAUGUGUUAUUGCUGGGAAGUGCGACCUCGUUGAUUCAAUUGCGCAAGAUGCCCGGGAUACAAAAGGGUUUAAUUUAACUGAAUCUGGCAUUAGUACUGAUAUCUGGACUAGCUAUACUGCAAUGAUGAUGUUCAUAUCUGUCAUACCACUUUUAAUUGUUCAAAUACCACAAAUUCUCGAUUCAAUUUUAUGGAGGCAUAUAGCAGUCUUGAUUGGGCUUAUUGCCUCUUUUCUUCUAUUGGUUUCUUAUAGCACUUACAAGGUCCUUCAGCCUUGGAUCCAAGAUAGAAAAAUUUCGUAUGUGAAGCACAAGCAUGUUAUUUUAGCAUUUCUAAGGCAUCUAAAAAAACGUGCACUGGGAAGGCUGCUCAACGAGAAUGGCGAUCCUGAUGAAGGGAACAUUGCAAAGCUGUUUUCUACAAUUGACACAAAUCAUGAUGGACACAUUUCAGAUAGUGAAUUGAGAGCAUGGAUUGUUGGAAUUAAUUUUGACGAAAUCGACCUGGAUCAGAAUGAUGCUGUAAACAAAAUAAUGAAAGAUUUUGAUACAUCGGGUAAUUCUAGUAUUGAGAAGGAAGAGUUUGUCGAUGGCAUUUCAAGAUGGCUAAAUAAGACCAAGAAGACUGCUGCUCGUGAUCCCGGUCCUGAAACAAAGCUUUUUAAUGACUUUCACAUGGACACAAUGAGAGAGCAUGAUCUGUUGGAUGUGUGUGAGAGUGGGAGUAAUAAAGUUGAGGGUGUUGAGAAAUCCAAACGGCCCUCCAUCAAGGCAGUGCUAUUGUUGUUGCUGGGAACUAUAAUUGCUGCUGCUUUUGCUGAUCCCCUGGUAGAUACUAUUGAUAACUUCGCUGAUGCCACUAGUAUUCCUGCUUUUUUCAUCUCUUUCAUUGUGUUGCCUUUGGCUACUAGCUCUAGGGACACUGUGUCAGCAAUUAGAUUAGCUAGCCAGGACAAGCGACAUACAGCCUCGUUAUCAUUUUCUGAGAUAUAUGCGACGGUAACGAUCCAUAAUGUCCUCUCUAUCCCAGUCUUCUUGGCCCUGGUUUACAUCAGGGGAUUGACAUGGGAUUUCUCAUCUGAAGUGCUGGUUAUUCUUAUUGUUAGCAUUGUGAUGGGUUCCUUGGGCAGCUUCCGCACCCAUUUCCCUCUGUGGACAUCUAUACUAGCUAUCCUACUUUACCCAUUCUCCCUGGCCCUGAUUUAUGUUCUUCAUUACUAUUAUGGCUGGUCAUAGACUCACGGAGAUCCCAAAAUUGUGAUUGGUGGGUACUUGGGCCGGCUCAACAACUUUUGGGCCUUAGGCGAAAAUUUUAAAAGGAGCCUUUUUAUCCAAUGUUUGAAUAUCAUUAGGACUAUUUUCAUUAUUCUUUUUUUGUUGUAUAAUUUCAUUAUCUUCCAACUCUUUUUGAUAAAUUUCUUUUUCAUUUGUAAUAUUUUCACCCAAACUUUCUAUUGUGUUUUUCUUAAUACUAGUAACAAAUUUAUCUAUAGAUCCUUUUUGA